AUGGCCGGAAGUAAAAAUGCGGAGAGCUACACUGAAACGGCCUUCCUCAGAGGCUACGUUCCUUCCCAACACCUUAUUAGCUUCCUCGAGGAUGCAGACUCGUUCGUACGCAAAAAAAUUAGAGUCUUGGGAUAUCACGAUCCUAUCAUUCUCCUCAUUAUGGCGCCCUAUGCAUGGAUCCGCUUCAUAUGCACACAGACAGACAUCGAAGACAGAACUAAGGCCUGUUGCCAGCUGAUCCUUGUCCUGGACGCUCAGGGUGUGGACUUCCCGAAGACCCUUCUGGAUGCGCCUCAUGACUUGAGGACGAGUCCAUACCCCACUCCGAGAAUUUCUCUCGAAGGUGCUCAUAUUGUUCUCCAAAGCGUCCAUAUUUUUUUGUCUUAUGGCUUGCCGUUCUGUCCUUGCUUUUUCUUUCUCAGUACAAGGUUCCCCAUCAAUAUGUAUAGUCAGGUUGUCCGUUGUGAAAAGAUCCUUUAUCUCGAGUGCCAGGGACCUUCCUACAUCAAUGAUGGUUUCGUUUUUCAUCUUUGCAUGGACAACUCUGCGGAGGAUGUCGUAAUAGAACGUACCGAGGAGAUCUAAAUGAACAGAAUGGUCAGGAUUUGCCGCCAAGAAAGUGCCCACGUCAGUUUCCGAAGGUAAAACCCCGCGAUCCUCAACCAGUUUGAAGAAGGACUUCAGCCCCAUGGUCAAUAUCUAAGCGAAAAGAGAAAGAAAAAAGGAAAAAUGGUGGUGAUGAAAAGAAAUGAAAAAGAAAAAAAAAAAAAAAAGAGCGACAAAGGUAUAAAAGGAUGAGCUUUUUUAUGGUGUAAAGAUUCAAAGCGAAUAGAUAAAGAAUAUUGAGGGAAAGAUACAGGAACAAGUGGCAG